UACAAGCAGACCACUGUACAAACCCAUAAAAGAAGCAUUAGGACCCUGCAGCUGAGGAUUACGGAGAGAGUAGGUACUGGCAGAGACAGAUGAAUGAGCUAAACACAAGACAAAAAAAACGGGAUCCAGGAUCUGAUUGUAGUAGACAGACAGAUGGUCAGAUAAAUGACCAGGAGGCUGAAGAGAGACAAAGAGACAACAGAUAUAAGGAGGAGUGCACAAACUUGAAGAAGAGGAGGAGUCUGAUCUCAGAGGAAGCUAAAAAGAGUGGAGCGCGAAAAGGAACCCUUCAAAACAGAGUGAUCCUUUCUGAGUGGCCACUGACAUAGAUGUGGAAUAAACUGGAAUCUGGCAAAGAGGACCUCAACUGGCAAAAAAAAAAAAAAAAAAAAAAAAAUUUCAUCACUGAAGGAUUUUCUGACAACAUAAACAUACGGAACUGUGCAAAGGCACCAAGGAGACCAGAAGACAAUCAAACAUUAUUAAAAACAGAAAGAAGACGUGGAGAUACCACCCACAGAGAGAGACUGAGUAUACCACACACAGGGUUUACCACAGGUAAUCACACUGCAACUGAGCAACAGACACUAACCAUCAACAAACACACACACACACACACACACACACACACACACACACACACACACACACACACACACACACACACACACACACACACACACACACACACAUUCACAUUCAUUUAUUGAAUACACACCUACAUUGUGAUUGUAACACAUAGGCUAAACAACUCAAGCUUAGAGAGUUUAGACUGUAGUCAGGAGGCAUAGAAAAUCUUGGCUAUCACAGGGGACGGAUUGACUGUGAAUGGGUUGAAGCAUGGUGAGGCCCUACGAGCAACUCUCAUGGCACUUUGAACACUCUGUCCACCAAAAUAUGAACUGAUCUAUCUAAGAACAGAUUUAUUUUCCGUGUCAGAAAUCAACCCAGGAAUUUAAUUAGAACAUUAGUAGAACAUCUUUUCAAAUCAAGAGUCACAAUUACCUAAAGGACUACUCCCAAAGAGUAUUUAUGCUUUGAAGAAGCAGCACCUCCACUCUUGGAUAUCCUUCUGCACUAAGGAACGAUUCCAUCGUGUUGCCCAUAGGACUUCUGGUCACCUCUCUGUGUUGGAAUGGACAGUGAGCUGCUAAAAAGGAGUUGAGUGAGUUAGAAGAAGUUCACGCAUCACCAUUGCAGCAUGAAGCUUAGGCAUGGGGCAAGAGGGGCACUACUGGCCUUGCUGCUGAGUUUACUGCUGUCUACCUGCACCACACAAGAGAGUGAGGAGAGUCUGGAGCUCCAAGAGGAAAACAAUACAGCCAGCACUGAGAGCCCUGAUACUGUAUCUUCUGACAUAAUCAAUGUGAGCCCCCAUAGGACAUGGAUAGUCUUUAGGGACAACUCCAACAAUGAUGGAAAUAAGAAACCAAAAGGAAAUAAAAGACUUUCCAAGCAUGGCCUUCCAGGUCCACCAGGCCCUCCUGGUCCCCAGGGGCCUCCUGGUCCUCCGGGCCCCCUACUGCCUCAUCAUGCAGAGUUGAUACAGGACUUCCAAGUCAAACUAAAAGAGAUGGUAGAAACUCACUGCCAGCUCUGCGAUCAAACCCCUCGUGUGGCCACAGCUUUCCGUUGCCGACUGCACCACAACCUUUUAGUCCAACGUCGCAGUCUGCAGGAGCUCCAGCCCUUCAACACUCCCUCAUACACAGAGCAGUUCCAUCAGAGGGGACAGGGAUUUAAUGCCAGCAGUGGCCGAUACACAGCUCCAGUGUCUGGGUUCUACCAGCUCACAGCUAGUCUGCUACUGGAAUCCAGUGAGUCUCAGAAAAAACCUCACGCCAGACAGAGGGACAGUGUUAAGGCCUCUAUAUGCAUAGAGUCUCUUUGUCAGAGUAAUGUGUCUUUGGAGACAGUGACUGGAGUGAGCGCCACAGGGGGAGUAUUCAGUAUUCUCCUGACCGGGACUCUUUACCUGCAGGCUGGAGAGUAUGUAUCUGUUCUUAUUGACAAUGGGACAGGCUCAGCCCUAACAAUUCUCCAAGACAGUCUGUUUUCUGGCAUUCUUAUUGGAGUAUGAGGACACAAACAAAACACACUCCAACGACUAUAAAGAAGCCCAUUUUUACAGCGUUGACAAAAUAUAUAUUUUUAUUAGGUAAGGUAUUCAGGACAUAUUAGAAUAAUAAUUUCAAAAAAGGGAGGACUCUUUUCAAGCAUCUAGAAGAGACUAUGUUUUACUACUGUUGCAAAGGGCAGCAUGAUUGCACUGUUAUUUCUUUCCAAAAUAAUAGCAACAUUUAAACUCUGUUCAUAGAGGUGUAUGUAUUUUUUCAUGUGGUAUGCAUAUACAUUCCAUUCUUAACAGGGUUUUAUUUAUUUCUAUAAAAUCUUUUUGAGAGAAUAUUGAAGUUUGUGUAUAUUUGCAAUAAACUGCUUCCAUAACUGCUGAAACAUGC